CUGCGUGAAGCCCAUGAAGCGGAGACGCGGUGUUUUUGCUCUCCAAUGGGAGGGAUUUCUACAGCGUCUUGGCAACCAUAAAGUAGCUUUCCCCCAGAAGCAGAGAGACGUGCAGAUCGCAAGACUAAGAAAUGGACGGCCGACAGUACAUGAAGAUGUUAGCUGCAAUCUUUAGCGGUUUUUUAGCUCUAUGCCACCUCACGCAUUUCGUGGCCGGGGCGCAAGAUGGCCCAAAUGGAAAAAAGGACCAAGAAUGCUAUAACUACGCGGGAGGACAUGUGUACCCUGGGGAGGCUUUCCGCGUUCCGGUGUCCGAUCACUCUCUACACCUCAGCAAGGCAAAGAUCUCUAAGCCUGCACCCCACUGGGAGGGCACUGCCGUCAUCAAUGGGGAGUUCAAAGAGCUGAAACUGUCUGACUACAGAGGAAAAUACCUUGUAUUCUUCUUCUACCCCCUAGACUUCACAUUUGUUUGCCCCACAGAGAUCAUUGCAUUUAGUGACCGUGUGCACGAGUUCCAUGCCAUCAACGCUGAGGUUGUGGCAUGCUCAGUGGACUCUCAAUUCACCCACUUGGCCUGGAUCAACACACCAAGGAAACAGGGUGGGCUUGGUACCAUGAAGAUCCCACUGCUGUCAGAUCUCACACAUCAAAUCGCCAAGGACUAUGGAGUGUUCCUGGAGGACCAAGGGCACACUCUCAGGGGUCUCUUCAUCAUCGAUGACAAGGGAGUCCUACGACAGAUCACCAUGAACGACCUCCCUGUGGGACGGUCUGUGGAUGAGACACUGCGGCUGGUGCAGGCCUUCCAGUAUACUGACAAACACGGGGAAGUGUGUCCAGCAGGCUGGAAACCAGGCAGUGACACGAUAAUCCCUGACCCUUCUGGCAAACUGAAAUACUUUGACAAACUGAAUUGAACCCUGAAUGCCAUCAGGUUCAUGUGAUCUUGUUCAACCUGUCUGUUCUCAUCUAAUGAUUUACCAUCAGCUGAAAAUAAAAACGCAAUUUUGUUAA